AUGCGUAUCCCGUUCGGUCUUGUGGUCGAGCCGUACAACAGCGAUAUACAAGGAUCACCUCUACAGCAAUAUUUAGACGAGUUAACUAUUGCGGAGCGUCGCCACUUUGAACAAGCCAAACUGGAGACUGCACUACAGUGUCUAGUGAACGAUAAUGCUUUGUGCGGUUCACCGGACGGCGUGACUUCAAAAACUGGCGGUAGUGUUCUUCCAGGUCAACCAUUAUCGGACUUGCAACACGUUGUUGACUCCAUUCAACCGACUAUUUUAGGCGAAGAACUAAUUGCUCAGGUUUACAAAACUUUCCAAGCCGGAUUGCGGGCGCGGGCUCGUGAAGAGUUUUUGGAUUUACUACUCGAGCGCACUGACCUCUUUUUGAUUGCUGCUCACAUAUGCGUUCGACAACUUUGUGAUAGUUUUUCGAGGGAGGGAACAUCUCCGACCGAGUCAUGCAUUCUAUCAUUACCAGAUUUGUCGAGUCGGACAGUGAUGGGUGAUCUGUGGGAGGUUACAAGUCGUUCCACUGGUCUGGGCGGUCCCAUGGGUUUUGGAGUUCCUGAUCGUCAUGGUGACUCUUCGAUACUCACCGCGCCGCCGCGUGGUCUGAAAGAGACCCAUUUGCAUUGGCUGGAAUUACAACUUUCACAGGACGAGCGUUAUCGGGCUAUGAUGUUUCUACCGUCAGAAAGGCAAACCUUGGUCGCAUCUUAUUUCAAUACACUUCUUCCGUUUUUUACCGAAACGGUACAGCAUCCCGGUUCCAGUUCGAAUAGUCGUAAUUGUGGUACGGAAAUUAGAUUCCCAGAAGCUUCGCACACGUCCAGUUCUUGGUUGCCAACGCACAGCUGUCCAUCUACUUCCUGGGGAGGUUGCAUGGAUCAACUACUGAAGUGGCUAGCCUAUCAGAAAUUGCCAAUCAAUCCUCGCUGUCUGGAGCCUGGUGUGCCAGCAUUUCGUCAUGAACUUAGUGAGAAGUCAGACUCGUGCCCAGCGACUUGCAUCAACGGCACCUCUGGGCGAUCCCAUUUACCUUGUUUGGAUAGCCGUGAUGUGCCGGGACCACGCAAAACUACUCUUUCAGUUGGAGUGGCUUGUGUGUGUUCCGAUACUCUAGCUGCUCAGGCAGUGAUUCAUCUAUUUGGUUGUGCUGGAUUUUCCAUGACCUCAUUGUUACCCCAUCCUGCUUCCGUUCAAUCUGCGGAAUGCGAUUCUGGUCACACAAAGCCGGAAGAUACUCAGUCGUUGAAUUUGUCUUCCUCGUGGCCCCUAUCCACCAGUCGUUUACCACCAGUACAACUGGCGUGCCCACAGACCAAUUCACCGUCCACCACAAAUCUCACCUGUUCCACCAGCAAGGCCACCCAGUGGACGUGUGGCAAUCAAGUUGCUGAUGGACAAGUAUGCGCCAGUCUCAUGUCUGUUCACAAGAUGCUGCGUGAUUUGGUGUCCUUCGGAGUCGAAACUUCGAACAGUGAUAACCUGGGCGCUACAACCGAAUUGCCUCUAAAUUCGGACACGUCCGUUUUUCCGCAUGGAAAAUUGCAUCACGGUUACAUCUUCGUUCUGAGUGAGACUCCUCAUGAUGAUUUUCCUGUGCCUUGGUUCAAUCCAUCGGAUUUCACCAGUUACAGCACCAGUCCCACAAAUCCUUCCGAUGCACCGGACACCCCAUUAUCCGGUCUGGAAAAUGGUCGACAGUCGCGAAAUGCCUUACGUCGCAUGAACUCUAUUGAUACGGAAGAUGGGACGGAUGCCGAUGAAAAUGUACUCACUCCACGCCCCGAUCUAGACCAAUCAUUUUUCGAGCAAGAUAUCAGUUCAGUACCGAUUGAACCAAAACAAUCCCCGAAAUGGGAUCCCAGUGCUGACCCAAAUGUCGAUAAUCAGCGGCAACCCCCUUGUUUGUGCUGUACCCUGCUCCGUGAUGAGCAUCAUCCGGAAACGGAUUGUGUUUGUGGACACUGUUGUACUUGUGUUCAUGCAGGUCUAAUUAAUCAAGUAAAAGUGCCACCCGCAUCCUGUUCGAGUACAUCCUACGGAACACCAUGUGAUACACGAUCGUCUACUGGCGGAUUCACACAACGUAGUUGGCCAGCACGUUUGGCGGCCGUUCGCUCGGCAAUCAGUUUGCUACCCAGUCAUGUUCCUCAUUUGGUUUUACUCACUCGUGAAGCCUCAGAUAACACCAACGGGGAGUUGUCUGCUGGUGUGCUUGAUGGGAUGGUCAAUUUGUCAAAAGAUUCGGGACCUGAAACAGUGAACACAAACAAUGCGGCAAAACUUCCCAACACCACCUUGACAGCUCCACUGAUGUUCGCAGCUCCAAGUUCACUUUGUGCGCCAUCUGGUCGUUUCAGUUGUGCUAAAUCGGAUUUAACAUCGGACUCGGCCGCUUCACGCCAGGGAGAAGAUAAAAGUCGGGCUCACUCUCCCCUAGACUCGACUACAGACGAAACUGACGAGGUGUCCGACUGGAUGCAAGAGGGGACUCACGUACUUGAUCAUGUGAUACGGUUUCUCAAUCUGUGUUGGGAGAAAUCAGAGUCGUUCAAAAAUGGUGGUUUAUCGGAUCGUGUCCACCAAAUUCAGUCUCGCAGUGCCACUUGUCAGUGUUUCGGUGCGUCUUGCGCAUCGGUUUCUGUCUCACAAAAGCGGAAGGCGAAUGCGCGAAUUAUUGGCCAACCGAGUGCUCUAGAUAAAACAAGCAACAGCGCGAAAUCGGUUGAAAAACAAUCGAACAACAGCUUGUUCCACUCUCUGUCAGCUGCUUCCGCAACUGGGCGUCGUGCUGUGCAUACGGCAAACCAAACUUUGAAAAAGUUAUCGGUCAGCGCUCGGAAGCAGCAGAAACACACAACCGGUCUAUCAGGUUCCAUUUUUACCGUUGGAAACAUGUCCAAGUUGCAGUCAAAUGCCAAUGCGGCGUUGAUGUGGCGCAAUUCGGCACACGGCAAAUCCCUGUCGACUGCCACAAAUGUCACUCAGUUGAAACUGUCCAAACGAAUAGCUGCCAACGAUUCUUCAUCGCGUCAACCCGCCCAACGUCCGACCUCACUCAAAAGUCCGGAGACAAUGGUCGCCAUAUCACGAUGUGCGCCGGUGUCAUGGGCUCUUGGCAGUUUCUCGCCUGACAGCACGGAUGAACGAUCGGUCAUUCCUCGCACGGCUUCGUCGGAAUUGAUCGGGAAGGUAGAAUCUCCACCAGUUUCUCCAACCAAUUCCCCUCUUGUUAAGUCGUCACUUCGUGCAUCCGUGGAUCAUGGCAGUUCCGCCAUUCAACAUAGUUUCAUGUCUGCCGGCAUAGUUGCCCGAUCGCGAUGCAGCGUACCUGAUUGCACCAUGUUGGUCAGCUCCGAGGAAUAUCGUCGAAUGAUCGGUACCUCAGUUUCGUCUUCCCUACCCAUACCUUGCGCUAUUUCUGAUAGCUCUAGUCCAUGUCGCCCUCACUCAUCGGUGCUUGCUGAAAGUGUGACUUCGGGUACUUGGAAUACGGUUAGCUCUGCCGGGCAUAACCUUCGGCACGAUAGUCCUGCCUUUCACGAUAGACUGGAGACAAUCGGGUUGAAGGAUGUUUCGCCCAAGAAUUCGAGUUUGGAUCCCAAAGGAGCUGAUACCGGUGAAUCUAUAUGUGAUACCUCUACAACGUGUCUCGGUGACAGUGUUUCAAGACCCACAGUGGUUGUAGAGAACAACAAAAUCUUGGCCGAUGAAUUGUCCAGAGAUAUUCCGUGUGUGCAAUCUCUGCCCAGUCCGUUGUGCGCUAGGUUGACAAAGAACUCUGGUUCUAUCCCUACUGAUUCCACACGACCCACGGACGAUGUGGAAUCUAUUUAUAUGGAUCUGGAUCUACUCACUUCACAGACGAAAGGCAGCACAAUAUCCGAGUCGGCUGGUGUUGAUGUGGUACCACCACAUCAUCCGAGUAACCAUCAGUUACUGGGAGUUAGCACAGACACGGAAGAUCAUAUCUACCAGGAUCCUUUGGACUUUCUCAGUCCGGCACAAUUCGAACGAAUUCAUUGCAUGGGGAGUCAUAGGCCCGGUUUCCUCAAUGUCCCCAUCUCAUCUUCCACUUAUGCGCGUUCAGUGUCGGGGGAGGAACAAUUGAGUUGGUGUGUUUGUGAGAGAGAAAGAGAGGUAAUAAAUGAGAUCAUGGAAGUUGUGAAUGAAGCUCAUUCGGUGAACUCCGGUGAAUUCGAAGGAAAACCUGUCGGGCAGUCAGCUUACAUGCUGACUGGUGAAUGCCACAUGCCUCUAUAUAGCAUUUUCCGACGGCGUAGCGUUAGUCGACCGGGUCGGACAAACCUGAUGCAGCGCAGUAUUACCUCUGCUAGUCCAAUGGAUUACAGCAGUGCAUCCACACCGCAUCUGCUCAUUCAAACCGGUCCUAAUGAUAACAGCUCCACUCUCGAAUCGAAUGGAUCCCAGUUUGAUUCGUAUCCGAAAACCAUGCCCACGAAUUCCUCGUUUAUCGCUGCCCUCAGUGCACUGAACAGCAAUCUGUCGCGAACUUUGAACGGCAAUUCUGUAGGAGGCACACCAACAAAGAGUUCCACCGGUGGGACCCCGAAACGGGGAAAAUUCAAAUCUGUCACAGUCAGUGGAGAUUUGAGCAAUAGUCGAUUUACCAAAGUAUUUUCCCGAGGCCGUCCCACUGGACAAUCAUUAGGGCAUAAUCCGGUCUCCAAGACACAAAUGAAUGAUGUGGCUUCGCCGGUGCCAGACACAAAAUCCGCGGUCGAAGCACAGGACGAUCGAUCGUCCACCUUGGUUCGUCGAUCGUCUGCUCAGCCAACAGCAACCGGUGACGUUGUACGGGCUUCUGUGUCCAGUAAAUUUUCCACGCCCACAUCUUCACCAAGGCAUAUGACAGAACAACAGAAAACCACCCCAUCUCGAGCCGGGGUCAAGCCCAGUGAUGCUCCAAUGGUUGAUCCUUUCACCCAGAGCACCGGUCGAACUCGUAUGCGAGUUGUUCUUGGUCAGACUCCUCGAGUGAACACUGUGUCAACCACCGGAUGCAUUAGUCCCCAGCCUGGGAACGUAGUAUCCGCCACACAGUCACCGAUAUCAGCAUCAUCAAUUUCCUCUACCUUACGUGAACUGGCCAGUCCCACCAGUUUACCCAGCCCAUCUGUCAGCCCGACCGCAGAUGGUCGAUCCCAGGCAUUCCCAAACUCCGGUCCGGUAGAUUCAUUAGUCACUAUUCCCACCACGACCAUCCCGGAAGAAUUGCCCAAGUCAACUGUUUCCUCACUAUCCCUGUCAACUAACGGUAGCACUCCCCUAACGAAGCCGAUCGGUGAA